AUGAAGAAGAGCAUAAAAAAGGCUGAUGGACUUGAGCCGGAGCAGUUCCGAAAGCUGUUUAUUGGAGGUUUAUCGAUAACAACAAGUGAUGAGGCACUCAAGGAUUACUAUUCGCAGUGGGGUGAGCUAGUGGACUGCAUUGUGAUGAGAGAUCCGUCGACGAAGCGUUCACGUGGCUUCGGAUUUGUUGAUGCCGCAAUGGCAGCACGGCCGCAUAUGAUCGAUGGAAAGCAGGUGGAUCCGAAACGAGCUGUGCCACGUGAUCAGUCGACACGCAGCGAAGCAAAUGUUUCCUCAAAGCGAUUGUACGUUUCGGGUGUUCGAGAGGAACACACUGAACAAGUUUUUGAAGAAUAUUUCAGUCAGUUUGGUAAGGUGCAAAAGGUGGAAAUAAUCUCCGAUAGAGGCACUGGUAAGCCGCGAGGUUUUGCAUUUGUGUCGUUUGAUGAUUACGAUCCAGUGGACAAAUGUGUGCUCCAGAAGAGUCACCAGAUUCAGAACUAUCGUUGCGAUGUGAAAAAGGCGUUGAGCAAGGAAGAAAUGGCAAAGGCGCAGCAACAAGAUCGUGAGCGUUCCGAGAGAAUGGGUCGUUCGCGAGGCACAGUGCGAUCGGAUCGAUAUGGUGGCGCAUCUGGAACUUACGGUGGUUCAUGGGGCGGACCUGGAAGUCAGCCAAGUAGUGGUCAAUGGGGACCACCAGCUGGAGGUAGCUUAUACGGCCAUUUUAGGACUCAUUAUAUCGGUCGUUAA